UCAUUACUUAAUUCCUCCCCCAAUAAAUUACAAUGAAAAUGAAAAAUAUUUAAAAAUGUAAACGAACGAGAAAUUAAACACCAAGCGAUGGCUUGUAGCAGCAUAUGGCCGCAAGGCGCAUCCAUUCUUUUUAAACAGUGUCAUGUGAGAGGGACGAUGCGGAUGCGUGUGGGUAACGGCCUAACGGGGCAGGGGAAGCGUGGCGUUGCCAGCGAUGAUAAAGUAAGCAAAGCAAUGGAUUCCCUCCCCCUUCGCCUGCCCUUCACGUCUCCCUCAAUUUUCCUCAUCCAUUCCCCAUUACAUAUCCAUUUCCCUCUCACCUUCUCCUUGACAUGGAUUCUGCAACCCCCUCUCCUCCCUUCUCCCACCCCCAGCCCAUCUCCGAUCGCAUCCUCCGCGCUCUCCGCCACCCUCUCCUCCUCCUCCACCGCUCCCACUCCUCCUUCUUCAUUCUUGGCGCCACCGCUAAUGUCUACACCGUCACCCUCUCCUCCCUCCCCUCCUGCUCCUGCCCCGACCGCACUUCCCCUUGCAAGCACAUCCUCUUCGUUCUCAUUCGAGUACUCGGCCUCCCCCCCGAUCACUUCUCCCUCCGCCGCCGUACCAUCCGCCCCUCCCAGCUCCGCCGCCUUCUUGACCUCCCCACCCUCCCCGACGCCCUCGCCGGUGCCUCCCUCCGCCAGAGGUUUCACCAGCUUUUCUUCAGCGAAAGGCAGGAGCCCCGUGUAGAGGUGGAGGAUGGCACCUCAUGCCCGAUUUGUCUGGAGGAAAUCGGGAAGGAUGACGAGGUCGUCGCCUGUGGAACGUGCCGGAAUCCCAUUCAUGAUGAAUGUUUGGUGAAGUGGAAGAGAAGCAGGGGGCGGAGAAUGACUAGUUGCGUGAUUUGUAGGGCAAGAUGGAGGGGCACGAAUGAUCAGGAUCAGUAUCUAAAUCUCUCUGCUUACAUUAGUCAGGACGACCCAGCCGAGACCAGUGGGCGUCCCUGCGCCUGUUAAUUCUAUUUGUUACUUCGUAAUAUAUUCCUGUAGAUGACGAAAAUUCCUAGCUGUAAUUGUAGGAUAACUCAUUCUUAAAUUCCCGAUCAAUUUGUAAAUUGUAAGAAAGACGAGAAAUUGUUUGAAGUUUAUUAGCAAUUCGUUAUUGUUAA